AUGCAAGCUGCAGCAAACGCCCUUCAGGAUCGCAUGGGACCCGUGGAAACGGUCGUCCACCCUGAAUACAAGCACAGACAAGAUGGUUCGAGGAUGAAGGCCCUUGCCUGGUUCGGCACUCAAGACGUCCGACUCGUUGAUGCACCUAUACCUGACAUUACCGAACCGGACGAUGUCAUUGUUCAAGUGACUGGCACAACCAUCUGCGGCUCAGACCUUCACCUGUAUCAUGGCGAAAUCAUGACUUUACAGAAGGGCGAUAUCCUGGGACAUGAGUUCAUGGGAAAGGUCGAUCGCGUCGGGCCAAAUGUCACCAACUUGCAAGUGGGUCAGCGCGUAGUGGCGUCGUUCCAGAUCGCCUGCGGAGAGUGCGGUUAUUGCAAACAGAAACUCUCGUCAUUCUGCGAUAGGACCAACAAUUCCUCGCUACAAAACUACAUGUACGGAAACCGUGACGCUGGUUUCUUUGGGUACUCCCACUUCACCGGUGGCUUCCCCGGAGGACAAGCGGAGUAUGUGCGGGUACCGAAAGGAAACGUUAACCUUUUGCCUGUUCCGGACGAUGUCCCCGACGAGAAGGUCAUUUACCUCUCCGACAUUCUUCCUACAAGCUAUCACGCCGUCGUCGACACUGGGGUAAAGCAAGGUGACGUCGUGGGUAUAUGGGGGUUGGGUCCCAUUGGUAUGUGUGCUGCGAAAUGGGCCCAGCUGAAGGGUGCUUCCCGCGUCAUCGGUAUUGACCGUGUCCCUGAACGCCUUGCUUUCGCGAAAGAGAAGCUGGGUAUCGAAGUCGUCGACUUCAGCAAGGAUAAAGAUGUGCCGACGAAGGUCCUUGAGCUAGUGCCCGGCGGACUGGACGUAGCACUCGACUGUGGCACAUUUCACCAACCGAAGACCCUCAUGCACAAGGUGCAAAAGGCUCUUAUGCUUGAAACCGAUGUUCCUGAGAUCGUUAACGAGAUGAUCGUUUCCGUUCGCAAAAUGGGACGCUGCGGCAUUAUCGCCGCUUAUGCCGGCUUUGCUAAUCAGUUCAACAUUGGCGCGCUGAUGGAGAAGGGUGUUCGUUUUAUCGGCAAUGGCCAGGCACCGGUACACCUUUACUGGGAGGAAAUUCUCAACGAAUACAUACUGCCAGGAAAAUUCGACCCCGCAUUUAUCAUCACGCAUCGUGUGCCGAUUGACGAUAUGGUCGAGCUCUAUCAGCGAUUUGACAAGCGUGACGCGGGAGUAGAAAAGGUGUUCGUGGAGACUCGGUUCUCAUCUCCUCCCGCCCCAGGUUGUCCAACUUUGACGCGCGUGAAGGAUUGGUCCUGAGACUGGAAUGUAGUUGUGGGCGAAAUGUGAAGAAGAGUUGAAAACCAAUGUAUACGUAUCGUUCUCUAUACACCAUUGCAAACUGG